UGUCCUCUGAGUGAAGAAUUAUUCGCAAACCACUGAAAGGAUGUACCGGAUACCGACCAUUAUUGCCCUAAUACCAGUGCUAUCGCUGGCUAUUUCCCAAAGGGACACAGAUUGUAUUGCGCCCAAUCCAUGCACCUGCUAUGACCGUGUACAAUACGAAGUUUUCUGCCAGUUUCUUGGACUAGAGAAAUUGCCAACCUUUGACAGUGGUCUCAUCAACUAUACCGAGGUCAUCUUUCACCUGAAAUCUAACAAGAUAGAAAGAAUAGAAAACAACUCUUUCACUAUGCUCUCAUUUCCACCGGGCACAGAAAUUACAGUUGAUCUCAGUUGGAAUGCUAUAAGUGAUAUAAACUAUGAAGCAUUUAGUGGCAUUGCGAACUAUAUUACAGAACUCUAUCUUAAUUUCAACAAUUUGACUACGAUUUCGAGAGCGUUUUCGGGGAUGACACAGUUGCAGACAUUAUAUGUUAGUUUUAAUCCUCUUAAAAUGAUCGACCCUGUUGCAAUGCAAGCGUUUGGAAAUUCUCUUACAUACCUGAGCAUCGACUUGGUGAAUUUCAUCGCUUGGCCAAUGGAAAUCGGAUAUCUGAAUAGCUUAACAAAUUUGGACAUGUUCAACGUCCCUUUUAGAGAAAUACCCGACAAUGCAUUCGAGACCUUUAAGGAUACAGUUCUGGGAAUGUCGGUGUUUGGCUCAGAGUUGGUAUCCUUCCCAAAAGCUCUCUGUCAUCUCAAUACGAUUGGAAGUCUAGCAAUUUUUUCAAGUCCCAUGAUUGGUAUUUAUAAUGGGUCAGCUGUUUGUGAACAUCCAAUGCUGAGCAUGCAGUUCGUGGACUUAGAAAAUAACAGCUUUCAGCAGUUUCCAGCUAUUCUUGAAGUGUUUCCAAUGACAAGUGAUUUAGAUUUAAAGGACAAUGUAAUUACGUCAAUAGACGAACAAGCAUUUGCAACAGCCAACCACCUUGAAAAUCUCAACCUCAUGAACAACAGUUUAACAAAUCUACCAAAAGCGUUGAAGACAAUACCAAAACUGAAAUCGUUAUUCCUAAGUAAUAACAACAUCACAGCGAUUGACGAAGAUGUUCUCCAAAAUCUUCCUGCACUCAACAGUCUGAUGUUGAACUCGAAUGGAUUAACGGUGCUACCAGAAUACGUCUUCAUUAACCAUAAGCACAUGUACCUUCUUGCGUUGUCUGACAACAAUAUCUCCUCCCUACCGAGGUCCAUUAUGAACUUGACUUCACUGAGCUCAUUAUAUCUCCAAGACAAUCCCAUCAAGUGUAGCUGUGAUGACAUGGACUAUCUGAAGACGUGGAACACAACAAAAAUGACAAUUUUUGGCAACUGUGGCGUCAUUUUCUUUACAGAAAAUGAAACAAAACUAACAGAGGAGUGUUUGCGUUCACUUAGUGGCACUCUUGUUUUCAUCUUUAUAUAUAAGAAUAAUGGAAUAAGUGUGUACUCAUACGGGACGCUUGUCCUCUUUCGAGUGAAGAAUUAUUCGCAAACCACUAAAACAAUGAGCUGGAUACCGACCAUUAUUGUCCUAAUACCAGUGCUAUCGCUGUCUAUUUCCCAAAGCGACACAGACUGCAUUGCGCCCAAUCCAUGCACCUGCUAUGACCGUGUACAAUACGAAGUUUUCUGCCAGUUUCUUGGACUCGAGAAAUUGCCAACCUUUGCCAGUGAAUUCAUCAACUAUACCGAUAUCAUCUUUCACCUGAGAUCCAAUAAGAUAGAGAAGAUUGAAAACAACUCUUUCACUAUGCUCUCAUUUCCACCGGGCACAGAAAUUACAGUUGAUCUCAGUUGGAAUGCUAUUAGUGAUAUAGAUUAUGAAGCAUUUAGUGGCAUUGCGAACAAUAUUACAGAACUCCAUCUUAAUUUCAACAAUUUGACCACGAUUUCGAGAGCUCUUUCGGGGAUGACACAGUUGAAGUCGUUAUACGUUAGUUUUAAUCCACUGAAAAUGCUCGACCCUAUUGCAAUGCAAGAUUUUGGAAAUUCUCUUACAUAUCUGAGCAUCGACUUAAUGAAUUUCAUCGCCUGGCCAAUGGAAAUCGGAUAUCUGAAUAGGUUAACAAAUUUGGACAUGUUCAACGUUCCUUUUAAAGAAAUACCUGAAGAUGUAUUUGAUACUUUUAAGGAAAAAAUUCGGGGAAUGUCGGUGUUUGGCUCAGAGUUGGUAUCCUUCCCAAAAGCUCUGUGUCAUCUCAACACUAUUGGUAGUCUAGCAAUAUUUUCAAGUCCCGUGAUGAAUCUUUAUAACGCGUCAGCUUUUUGUGAACAUCCAAUGCUGAGCAUGCAGUUCGUGGACUUAGAAAAUAACAGCUUUCAUCAGUUUCCAGCUAUUCUUAAAGUGUUUCCAAUGACAACUGAUUUAGAUUUAAAGGACAAUGUAAUUACGUCAAUAGACGAACAAGCAUUUGCAACAGCCAACCACCUUGAAAAUCUCAACCUCAUGAACAACAGUUUAACAAACCUACCAAAAGCGUUGAAGACAAUACCAAAACUGAAAUCGUUAUUCCUAAGUAAUAACAACAUCACAACGAUUGACGAAGAUGUUCUCGAAAAUCUUCCUGCACUCAACAGUCUGAUGUUGAACUCGAAUGGAUUAACGGUGCUACCUGAAGACGUUUUCAUUAACCAUAAGCAUAUGAACAUUCUUGCAUUGUCUGACAACAAUAUCUCCUCCCUACCGAGGUCAAUAAUGAAUUUGACUUCACUGAGUGCAUUCUAUCUCCAAGAUAAUCCAAUCAAGUGUAGCUGUGAUGACAUGGACUAUCUGAAGACGUGGAACACAACUAAAAUGACAAUAUUUGGCAACUGCGGCGGUAGUGUUAUACCUAUACAGACAUACAUACAACAACAUCUACCAAAGUGUCCAUGAAUUCUCGUUGCUCCAUAUAAUUUCCAGAAGAAUCAGGUCUGACGUGGUACCAAUUUAUUGGAUUUGUGCUACACACACAUAAAGUGUGUAUUUGAAGACAGUAUUUUCAGAUGAUAAAAAGAAACGAUUAACCCAUGUUUCAAUAAUUUAUAUACAUGAUUCUGAAACAUUGACCAUAUCAAUGAUUUGUCCCUCUAUGUUUGGGCUUGAGUUAUUACAGACAAUCUUAAAGGGGCAAUAUUCUACACAAUGUGUGAUUCACAAAUGUGUCUUGGUAUCUUGUAACUUACACUGUAGGACGGUUUCAAAUUUUGAUCGUUAAGGAAAAGAAAUAAUUUCGAUUGGGGGAGAGGGUCCAUGCAAAGUUAAAAUCUUUAAACAUAAACAUGCAAUAAGUUAUUGUCAAAUAUCCUGAGUAAGACGUCCUUAAAGCUCUAACACCUUUGGUUCGUCCAUCUAGAAGAAAUCUCUUUGCAGUUUUACUAUUCAAAAUGGAUGCUUUAUACCCAAUCUACUGGAAUAUACCCGUUAA